AUGGUACCACCAACUAAUUCUAGCACAACCAAUGAUAUGAUUACUGAGGAACCUGCCUCUCCUCAUCAAAUUCCAAGAUUAACUAGAAGACUUACCGGGUUUUUACCUCAAGAAAUCAAAGCAAUUGAUGCUACAAUUCCUUUGAAAUCAAGAGCUUUAUGGAAUAAACAUCAAGUUAAAAAAUUUGAAAAUGCUGAUCAAUUUGAAGGUAGAUUUAUUGAUCAUGUCGAAACUACUUUAGCUAGAUCUUUAUAUAAUUGUGAUGAUUUAGCAGCUUACGAAGCUACUUCAAUGGCAAUUCGUGAUAAUUUAACAAUCGAUUGGAAUAAGACUCAACAAAAAUUUACCACUAGGGAUCCAAAGAGAAUUUAUUAUUUAUCUUUAGAAUUUUUAAUGGGUAGAGCUCUUGAUAAUGCUUUAAUUAAUAUGGAAGUUGAAGAUAAUACUACUGAUGUUAAUGGUUCAAAAAAAACAGAAUCAGGUAAUACUAGAGAUAUGGUUAGUAGAUCCUUAAAUGAAUUAGGUUUUAAAUUAGAAGAUGUUAUAGAACAAGAACGUGAUGCAGGUUUAGGUAAUGGUGGUUUAGGUCGUCUAGCUGCAUGUUUUAUUGAUUCUAUGGCUACUGAAAAUAUUCCAGCUUGGGGUUAUGGUUUACGUUAUGAGUAUGGUAUCUUUUCUCAAAAAAUUAUUGAUGGUUAUCAAGUUGAAACUCCAGAUUAUUGGUUAAAUUUCGGUAAUGCUUGGGAAAUUGAAAGAAAUGAAGUUCAAUUCCCAGUUACUUUCUAUGGUUAUGUUGAUAGAUCUGAAAAGAGUACAUCUACUUUAGCACCAUCUCAAUGGAUUGGUGGUGAAAGAGUUCUUGCUUGUGCUUAUGAUUUCCCAGUUCCUGGUUAUAAAACUUCAAAUGUUAAUAAUUUAAGAUUAUGGAAAGCUAAACCAACUACUGAAUUUGAUUUUGCUAAAUUUAAUAGUGGUGAUUAUCAAAAUUCUGUCGAACAACAACAACGUGCUGAAUCUAUUACAGCUUGUUUAUAUCCAAACGAUAAUUUUGAACAAGGUAAAGAAUUAAGAUUAAAGCAACAAUAUUUCUGGUGUUCUGCCUCUCUACAUGAUAUUAUUAGACGUUACAAAAAGACUAAGAGACCAUGGAGUGAAUUCCCAGAUCAAGUUGCUAUUCAAUUGAAUGAUACCCAUCCAACUUUAGCGGUUGUUGAAUUACAAAGAAUAUUAGUUGAUUUAGAAAAACUUGACUGGCAUGAGGCUUGGAAGAUUGUUACCGCUACUUUUGCUUAUACCAACCACACAGUUAUGCAAGAAGCUUUGGAAAAAUGGCCUGUUGGAUUAUUUGGUCAUUUAUUACCAAGACAUUUAGAAAUCAUUUACGAUAUUAACUGGUUCUUCUUACAAGAUGUCGCUAAGAAAUUCCCUAAGGAUGUCGAUUUAUUAUCUAGAAUCUCUAUUAUUGAAGAAGGUGGUCAAGAAAGACAAAUCAGAAUGGCCUUUUUGGCUAUUGUUGGUUCUCACAAAGUUAAUGGUGUUGCCGAAUUACAUUCAGAAUUAAUUAAGACUACCAUUUUCAGUGAUUUUGUUAAAUUCUUUGGUCCAUCUAAGUUCACCAACGUUACUAAUGGUAUUACUCCAAGAAGAUGGUUAAAGGGUGCUAACCCAGAAUUAGAUAAAUUAAUCAGUGAAACUUUGAAGGAUCCUCAAUGUAAUUAUUUGUUAGAUAUGCCAGAAUUGACCAAAUUGAACGCCUUGGCAGAUGAUAAAACUUUCCAAAAGAAAUGGUAUAAGGUUAAGAAGGAUAACAAGAUUAGAUUGGCAGAUUUAAUUAAGAAAUUGAAUGGUGGUGUUGAUAUCAUCGAUAGAGAACAUAUUGACGAUACAUUAUUUGACGUCCAAGUCAAGCGUAUUCAUGAAUAUAAACGUCAACAACUGAAUGUCUUUGGUGUUAUCUACCGUUAUUUGGCAAUGAAGACAAUGAUUGCUAAUGGUGCCUCUUUAGACGAAGUUGAAGAUAAGUUCCCAAGAAAGGUUUCUAUUUUUGGUGGUAAAUCUGCUCCAGGUUACUACAUGGCUAAAUUAAUUAUCAAAUUAAUUAAUUCUGUUGCUGAUGUUGUUAAUAAUGAUGUUGAAAUUGGUAGUUUACUAAAAGUUGUUUUCAUACCAGAAUAUAAUGUCUCAAAAGCUGAAAUUAUUAUUCCAGCCUCUGAUUUGAGUGAACAUAUAUCUACUGCUGGUACCGAAGCUUCUGGUACAUCCAAUAUGAAGUUUGUUAUGAAUGGUGGUUUAAUUAUUGGUACUGUCGAUGGUGCUAAUGUUGAAAUCACUAGAGAAAUUGGUGAAGAUAACAUUUUCUUAUUUGGUAACUUAAGUGAAAAUGUUGAAGAUUUAAGAUAUAAUCAUCAAUACCAAGAUACUCCAAUUCCAGAAGAUUUGGAAAAGGUUUUGGCUCAUAUUGAAGAAGGUAACUUUUCUCCGGAGAAUCCAAAUGAAUUUCAACCAAUUGUUGAUACUAUCAAGUCUCAUGGUGAUUAUUACUUAUGUAGUGAUGAUUUUGAAUCAUACAUUGCUACACAAGAAUUAGUUGAUCAAGUGUUCCACAAACAAAGAGAUGAAUGGACUAAGAAGUCUAUCUUAAGUGUUGCCAACUGUGGUUUCUUCAGUUCUGACCGUUGUAUUCAAGAAUAUUCUGAAACUAUCUGGAAUGUUGAACCUAUUAAGAAGUGA